CGGCCGCUCCCUGCGCGCCCCACCUGCUCCGCACGCGGAUCCUACCUGUGGAGUCCGCGGGGGACGCGGGGAGGGCGCCCCCUCCGAGGACACCGAUCCUUUCUCCUCCUUCGAAAACCUCCCGCCCAGCUCCCCGCGUCUCGGACAGGAGGCGCUGGGACCCGGGACAGGGCACCAGGCUUGCAGCUGGUGACAUGUAGAUUCCUUUCUCUGCCACCCCCCUUCCCCGCGGUCCAGCCUCGGAACCCGGGCGCCCUCCCGCCCUGAAAGUUUGGGGUUGGGCGCCAUGGCCAAGAUCAGCUCCCUGAAUGUCCGCGUGGUGGAGGGCCGGGCGCUGCCCGCCAAGGACGUGUCUGGGAGCAGUGACCCCUACUGCAUAGUGAAAGUGGACGACGAGGUGGUGGCCAGGACAGCAACUGUCUGGCGGAGCCUGAGCCCCUUCUGGGGGGAGGAGUACACGGUGCACCUGCCCCUGGAUUUCCACCAUCUGGCCUUCUAUGUGCUGGACGAGGAUACGGUGGGGCAUGAUGACAUCAUCGGCAAGAUCUCGCUGAGCAGGGAGGCAAUUGCCGCUGACCCCCGAGGAAUUGACAGCUGGAUUAACCUGAGCCCCGUGGACCCGGAUGCCGAGGUGCAAGGUGAGAUCUACCUGGCUGUGCAGAUGCUGGAAGAUGUGCGGGGCCGCUGUCUUCGCUGCCAUGUGCUCAAGGCCAGGGACCUGGCCCCCCGAGACAUCUCCGGCACGUCUGACCCAUUCGCGCGUGUGUUUUGGGGCAGCCAGAGCUUGGAGACUUCGACCAUCAAGAAGACUCGCUUCCCACACUGGGAUGAGGUGCUGGAGCUGCGGGAGAUGCCAGGCGCCCCCUCCCCACUGCGGGUGGAGCUCUGGGACUGGGACAUGGUGGGCAAGAACGACUUCUUGGGCAUGGUGGAGUUCCCCCCGAAGGUCCUGCAGCAGAACCCACCCAACGGCUGGUUCCGUCUCCUGCCCUUUCCCAGAGCUGAGGAGGAUUCUGGGGGGAACCUGGGUGCCCUGCGGCUGAAGGUGCGCCUCCUGGAGGACCGCGUGCUGCCCUCACGGUGCUACCGGCCACUCCUGGAGCUGCUCAUGGAGUCUGUGCUGCAGCCGGCAGAGGAGGACGUCUCCAGCCCCCUGGCCGUGCUGGAGGAGCUGACCUCGGGGGACUGCCGCCAGGACCUCGCCACCAAGCUGGCGAAGCUCUUUCUUGGCCAGGGCCUGGCUGGGCCCUUUCUGGACUAUCUCACCCGGCGGGAGUUGGCGCGGACCACUGACCCCAACACCCUCUUCCGUUCUAACUCCCUGGCAUCCAAGUCCAUGGAGCAGUUCAUGAAGCUCGUGGGCAUGCCCUACCUGCACGAGGUCCUGAAGCCGGUGAUUAGCCGAGUCUUUGAGGAGAAGAAGUACAUCGAGCUGGACCCGUGCAAGAUGGACCUGGGCCGCACCAAGAGGCUGUCCUUCAAGGGCACAUCCUCAGAGGAGCACGUGCGGGAGGCCAGCCUGGGGCUGCUGAUGGGCUACCUGGGGCCUAUCGUGGACGCCAUCGUGGGCUCCGUGGGGCACUGCCCGCCUGCCAUGCGCCUGGCCUUCAAGCGGCUGCAUCGGCGUGUGGAGGAGCGCUUCCCCCAGGACGAGCACAAGGACGUCAAGUACCUGGCCAUAAGCGGCUUUCUCUUCCUGCGAUUCUUUGCACCUGCCAUCCUCACCCCGAAGCUGUUUGACCUCCGGGACCAUCACGCAGACCCCCAGACCGGCCGCUCACUGCUGCUGCUUGCCAAGGCUGUGCAGAGCAUCGGGAACCUGGGCCAGCAGCUGGGCCAGGGCAAGGAGCUGUGGAUGGCUCCCCUGCACCCCUUCCUGCUGCAGAGCAUCUUACGUGUGAGAGACUUCCUGGACCAGCUGGUGGACGUGGAUGGGGAGGAGGAGGCUGGGGGCCCGGCCAGGGCCCUGGUCCCGCCCUCCGUGACCGUCCGAGAAGGCUACCUGCAGAAGCGCAAGGAGGAGCCCGGCAGCCUGGCCACUCGCUUUGCCUUCAAGAAGCGCUACUUCUGGCUCAGCGGGGAGACCCUCUCCUACUCCAAGAGUCCCGACUGGCAGAUGCGCUCCUCCAUCCCCGUGUCGCACAUCCGCGCCGUGGAGCGUGUGGACGAGGGCGCCUUCCAGCUGCCGCACGUGAUGCAGGUGGUGACGCAGGACGGCUCGGGGACGCUGCACACCACCUACCUCCAGUGCAAAAACGUGAACGAC